GUCGCUCGGGGCGGCCUGUAUUUCUGGUCAGACUUGGACUUACCGGCCAGGGGCAUCGCCGACCAGCGCAGUGUGGGCCGAGUCGGGCCUGCCUCCUUGCACAGUCCGCGUUCCUCCCGACUCCUUCGCGACCCCGGCCGGGACUACGUUUCCCAGAGGGGGCUGCUGUGGAGAACACGCCCACUUCCGGGGGCGACGCUUUGCUCAGCUCUUGUGGGCCCUGUGCGAUAGUGGUUUCGGCGCCCACGUUAGUGCGCUGUGGGGACGGAACCGCUGGAAGUCGGGCGUACCCGAGGUGGGCGGGUGUGUCCGUGCGACAGCGGGGACAUGCGGGGGUCAGCAAGUGCAGCCGGAGGCGUGGGGCCCCGCGAGCUGGGGUCUCCGGCGCGGCGAGGCGCCCUUCGCACAAAGCCCAGGGCGGGUCGAGGCCAGACUGCAGCGACCCAGGACGCUUUCGUUCGCCGUGGUCCGGGAAGGCCGCGCUCAAAGAAUGGCCUCACCCCCAAAGGCCAGCGAAGAGCGGUGACCACAGGGCUUGAGAACAGAGGUCUGCCUUUCAGGGACACUGCCCUUCCCCAGGAGAGGAGGCACAAGAAGGAGGCAGCAGGGACGGAAAAUGAACCCCAACCCAUGUCCCAGAGCUUGGUGACAUUUGGGGAUGUGGCCGUGGAUUUCUCCCAAGAGGAGUGGGAGCGGCUGAACCCUGCUCAGAGGGGUCUUUACAGAGAUGUGAUGCUGGAGAACUACAGGAGCCUGGUCUCGCUGGGACUUUGCUUCUCUAAGCCUGAUAUGAUCUCCUCAUUGGAACAAAGGAAGGAGCCCUGGUUGCCCAAGAGAAACUUGAUGAGAGGCCAUUGCCCAGGCUGGAAGGCUGUGCCAGAGACCAAGGAGGUACCUCCACAGGAUUUCUGUGAAGAAACAUUGUCCCAGGCAGUGCUAGUGGGGACACGUACCAGUUGCAGAGUGGAGCGCUCUGUGUUAGGAGGACCCUGGGAUUAUGAGGCUCUGUUUGGGAGGCAGCCGGGCUUGGUGACCAUUGCGAAUAUGGCCAUAGACCUCUCCCAGCAGUUAGACCCAGCUCAGAAGAGUUUCUGUAAGAAUGUGAUGUGGGAGAACCACGACCUGGGGUCAGUAGGACGCUGUGUGCCUGAGCCAGGUUUGGUUUCUUUACUGGAGCAAGGGAAGGAGCCCUGGCUGGUGAAGAGAGAGCUGACAGGAGCCCUGUUCUCAGUUUCUGUCCUUGUCACUCCAAGUUGGAAGUUUUCUGCUGAGCUAAUUCUCUUGAAAAUGGUAUGGACUUCAUGUGAAUCUCAUUGGACAAAAGCCACAGCCGUGAAUCUCAUUGAGACGCAACCACCAAGAAGCCAGCGUGGGCCAAACCCUAAGAGUCCUGGACAAGUGCCGGAUUGGGGUGGGGCGGCUGAAGCAUCUUGCUGUCCCACCUGGCGGGGACGGAACUCGGGAUAUGUCCAUACGUCCACUGGACUGAGGACCAAGGGUAAAACCCUUCAAAUGAGGAGCCAGGAAGAGGAGGAGGUGAUGGGGAUCGAACUCCUUAAAGCUAUGUCCCUGGAUUCAGUGACUUUCGCAGAUGUGGCCAUAGACUUCUCCCAAGAUGAGUGGCAAUGGCUGAACCUUGCUCAGAGGACUUUGUACAAGAAUGUGAUGUUGGAAAACUACAGGAACCUGGUGUCAGUGGGUCUUUGCAUUUUUAAACCAGAUGUGAUCUUCUUAUUGGAGCAAGGUAAAGAGCCCUGGAUGACUAAUGGAGAGAUGACAGGAGGCCUGGACCCAGACUUGGAGUAUUUGUGGAUGACCAAGGAAUUAUCUCCAAACCUUGACAUUUAUGAAGAAAAAUUAUCCCAGGCAAUGAUAAUGGAAAGACUUACUACCUACAACCUUGAGUGUUCCAUGUUAGGAAGGACCUGGAAAUGUGAAGACCUGUUUGAGAGAGAGCUGGUAAAUCCAAAGUCACAUUUCAGGCAAGAGACAGUCACUCAUAUAGAUGCACUUAUUGAGGAAAGAGAGCACUUUAACAAGUCUGGGACGAUUUUUCAUCUGAAUACAUUAUCUUAUAUAAAGCAGUUAUUUCCCAUUGAAGAGAGGAUGUAUAAUUUUGACAUAGAGGAGAAAAGCUUAAAAACACAUUCAUUUGUAAAAAAGCAGAAGCAAGUCUGUGGAUCAAAGAAACUUUUGAAAUGUAAUGACUGUGAGAAAACUUUCAGCAAAAUCUCAACCCUUUCUCUUCAUCAAAGAAUUCAUACUGGAGAGAAACCCUAUGAAUGUAUUGAGUGUGGGAAAGCCUUCAGCCAGAGUGCCCACCUUGCUCAACAUCAGAGAGUUCACACAGGGGAAAAACCCUUUGGAUGUGUUGAAUGUGGGAAAACCUUCAGCCAGAAUGCUCAUCUAAUUCAACAUCAGAGAGUUCAUACUGGAGAGAAACCUUAUCAGUGUAAGCAGUGCAUGAAAGCCUUCAGCCAGCUUGCACACCUCGCUCAGCAUCAGAGAGUCCAUACUGGAGAGAAACCCUAUGAAUGUAUUGAAUGUGGGAAGGCCUUUAGUGAUUGUUCAUCUCUAGCUCAUCAUCGAAGGAUUCACACUGGAAAAAGACCCUAUGAAUGUGUUGACUGUGGGAAAGCCUUCAGGCAGAAUGCUUCUCUCAUACGUCAUCGGAGAUAUUAUCACACUGGAGAGAAACCCUUUGACUGUAUCGAUUGUGGGAAGGCUUUCACAGAUCACAUAGGACUUAUUCAGCAUAAGAGAAUUCAUACUGGAGAGAGACCCUACAAAUGUAACGUGUGUGGGAAGGCUUUUAGCCAUGGCUCAUCGUUGACCGUACAUCAGAGAAUUCACACAGGAGAGAGACCUUAUGAAUGUACACUCUGUGGGAAAGCCUUUAGCCAUCGUGGCUCACUUACUCUUCAUCAAAGAGUUCAUACUGGAGAGAAACCCUAUGAGUGUAAGGAAUGUGGGAAAGCUUUUCGGCAGAGCACACACCUCGCUCAUCAUCAGAGAAUUCAUACUGGAGAGAAACCUUAUGAAUGUAAGGAGUGCAGCAAAGCCUUCAGCCAGAAUGCACACCUUGCACAACAUCAGAAAAUACACACAGGAGAGAAACCUUAUGAGUGUAAGGAGUGUGGUAAGGCCUUCAGUCAGACAGCACACCUUGUUCAACACCAGAGAGUUCAUACUGGCGAGAAGCCUUACGAAUGUAUUGAGUGUGGAAAGGCCUUUAGUGAUGGCUCCUAUCUUGUUCAACAUCAGAGACUCCACACUGGCAAAAGACCAUAUGAAUGUCUUGAAUGCGGGAAGGCAUUCAGACAGAGGGCAUCCCUGAUUUGUCACCAAAGAUGUCAUACAGGUGAGAAACCUUAUGAAUGUAACGUGUGUGGGAAAGCCUUUAGCCAUCGUAAAUCCCUGACUCUACAUCAAAGAAUUCAUACUGGAGAGAAACCUUAUGAGUGUCAGGAAUGUAGCAAAGCCUUCAGCCAGAUUGCCCAUCUUACGCUCCAUAAGAGAAUCCAUACUGGAGAAAGGCCCUAUGAAUGUAAGGAAUGUGGAAAAGCCUUCAGGCAGAGUGUACAUCUCACUCAUCAUCAGCGAAUUCAUACCGGAGAAAAAUCCUACGACUGCAGGGAGUGUGGCAAGGCUUUCGGCCGGAGCUCGUCCCUGAUGAAGCACCAGCGGAUCCACACCGGCGAGAAACCCUUCGCGUGCGACGUGUGCGGGAAGCACUUCAUCGAGCGGUCUUCCCUCACCAUCCACCAGCGCGUGCACACCGGGGAGAAGCCCUAUCGGUGCGGGGACUGCGGCAAGGCCUUCAGCCAGCGCAUGAACCUGAUCGUCCAUCAGAGGACGCACACCGGGGAGAAGCCCUACGCGUGCGACGUGUGCGGCAAGGCCUUCCGGAAGACCUCGUCCCUGGCCCAGCACGACAGGACCCACACCGGGGAGAAGCCCUAUCGGUGCGGGGACUGCGGCAAGGCCUUCAGCCAGAACAUGCACCUCGUCGUGCACCAGCGCACGCACACCGGGGAGAAGCCGUACGUGUGCGGCCAGUGCGGGCGCGCCUUCAGCCAGAACAUGCACCUGACGGAGCACCGGAGGACGCACACGGGCGAACGGCCGUACGCAUGCCAGGAGUGCGGCAAGGCCUUCAACAAGAGCUCGUCCCUCACACUGCACCGGAGGAACCACACGGGCGAGCGGCCCUACGCGUGCGGCCAGUGCGGCAAGGCCUUCAGCCAGAGCGCCUACCUCAUCCAGCAUCAGCGCUUCCACAUCGGGGUGAAGCCCUUCGAGUGCAGCGCCUGCGGCAAGGCCUUCAGCAAGAACUCGUCGCUCACCCAGCACCAGCGCAUCCACACCGGGGAGAAGCCCUACGAGUGCUACAUCUGCAAGAAGCACUUCACGGGCCGCUCCUCCCUAGUGGUGCACGAGCUCGGCCACACCGGGGAGCGGCCCUACGCGUGCAGCCAGUGCGGCAAGGCCUUCAGCCAGAGCGCCUAUCUCAUCGAGCACCAGCGCAUCCACACCGGAGAGAAGCCCUACAAAUGUGGCGAGUGCGGCAAGGCCUUCAUCAAGAACUCCUCACUCACCGUCCACCAGAGGAUCCACACCGGAGAGAAACCGUACAAGUGCGGCGAGUGCGGGAAGACCUUCAGCCGCAACACCAACCUCACGCGACACCUGAGGAUCCACACGUAGGAGGGGCGUGAGCCCUCAGAAUCCAUGCCAGGCGGGCACGACCCUGAGCACCUUGUCAGCCCGAGAAGUUCUGACACUGGGGCCCCGGUAACGCAGUGCCAACACAAGUCCUGCCCAGGCGGGUCGUGGGAAUGUGAGCGUUGGGGACAGGCCUCGCCAUUCACAGGAGCUCCUUCCUUCUGCAGCGUUCGCACAGCCUCAGUAGAGAGCAGGCCCCUACAAGUUUAGUAUCGGGGGACAUGGUCAGCUUCACUAUGGCUCCAGGGACCUAGGACGUCAGGGCUCCAGACCAAGCUCUGCAUAAAUUGUCAUAAGAGCUUGGACAACAGAUUUACUGUCUCUGGGUCUCCGUUUCCUCAAUUGUAAAAUGGAGGAGGGGGAGAGGACUCAAUAAGGAACAUGGGGACAUUCUCCCUUUGUCACACACACCCUGGAUCUAGUCCAGAGGUAAGGGUGUCACCAUCUGUGAGUUUCCGACCUCCCCACACCCAGCCCCCGGUCUCCCUACAACAGCUGCUGGAAGCCCUCAAGCUAAUAAGUGAUAGACGUUGGCAAGUUGUGCAUGGGAAAAAUAGUUCUUUUUCAGAGUCAGCAAAUGACACUAAUCACUUUAGAUGCCACAGUUUCUCAUAGUGAUCUGUUAAUUUUUUAAAUGAAACUUUUUUUUAAAUGAAACUUAAUUAGGGAGACCAGUGUCAUUUAAAAAAUUUGUCAGGUGCAAAAUAUACAGGUACCAGUUGUCCUGUCAAAAUCAGUGUCAACAUUUGUGGGGCAAAGGGAAGAGGGGGAGGGUGUGCACAUACACCAGGCUUGAUAUCCAGGUUUGAAUACUUCCUGGGUGUUGCCGGCCAGUGACCCGAGGGAGGACGGUGGGAAAUGAGAAAUAAAGGAGACCUGAGUCAAAGAUGGGAUUGGGAGGUCUCUGCAAGCUGAUGGCUUGCAAGAGCCCCUAAUAAUCAGAUACACUUUAUUUUAUACAGCUACAGCCAGGAUGUUGUUUUAGGAAGUUAAAAGAGGAACAGGGGAAUAGCUAUCCGGUGCAGCAUGCUUUUCUAGUUCUGUAUAGUUAGACUUGUAGGUACAAAUUGCAGAAGUAGGCAAGUUCAGCCAAGGAGCUAGUCUCUAAAUAAAGGUCAGAAGGAAGGAGCUUGUCUGCCCAAAGCAGACCAUGAGCAAGGGGGAGAGGAGAACGGGGUCAGCUUUUGGCUGAGAUCCCAGACUGCAAGGACCAUGUCAGCUUGCAGUCAGCACUCCACACCUGGGUUUGGUAAGUGUGCACAUCUGAGCACAGAGUGUCUGCUUUGUUUUAUUUUAACUGUGAAACCGGAAGGUAGCUCCAGGUGAGUUUCCUAAGGCCGACCUGAAGCUUUGUUUCCACAUAGUUUCCCCCAGAGUCUCCUUUCUCUGGGGCUUUUUGCGCCACCCUUUUUAUUGUAACACUUGAUGCUAUUCAUCGCAAAGAUCCUGGUGUUUCUGAAUGUGCCACAUUUGCUGACAUGGGUAUGUAUGAAGAAUAAAUUCUUUUCUAAAUCAUG